GUGCGUGGGAGAUGUGGAGCGGGAACUCAUGACCCUGGCGGGGAUAGCGGGCACUUGAGAGCUAACCCUGAUGCAUGGCCCGGGCCCGCACUGUCAGGAGCCUUAGUCCCCGCCCCCGUCCCCGCCACGGCACUGGCCAUUCCUCGGACCGCAGCAUGGGACUAGAUCCAGAACCAAAGCUCAAUGUGAGUGCCAGCAACGGUGUCCGGACUCAGUCCGCUCCUCGGGUAUCGACUGCGCGCCGCAGCCAUCGGCCUCCCCACGUGCGCAGCCGUCUGCAGCCCCUACUGCCUGUGCGUCCGCGAAGCCCCACACCCCGAGUAGGGCGCCACUCAGGACGCCGCAAGCCAGGCCACCAGCGCCAUGGGUCUGCACAAUGCGCCGCGCAGCCAGGGGCCGUUGCCCGGGGCGACCACAAGACGCCCAGCCGAGAGGCUCGUGGCUCCUGCAGAGCAGCACGCGCUUCAGGGCGGGUCCCAGCAGGGGCUGGGGGCCAAAGGAACCAGCUACUCGAGGCGAGCAUGGAGAAUGGCGAAAGGAAGAAGCUGUCUUCCACUUUGCCCGAUGAAGAUCACAAAGAAGAAAACAAAUUAAAACAAGGACUUCCCCAAGAUUUGUCUUCUUCCCCCAAAUUAGACAGAUACAAAAUAGCAAGACAAUUAACAGAAAAAGCCAUCAAGGAAAAGAAGAUUUUCUCCAUCUAUGGACACUACCCUGUCAUCCGAGCCACACUGCGAAGAAAGGGCUGGGUGGAGAAGAAGUUUCAUUUCUUGCCCAAAGUUCUUCAGAAUGUUGAAGGCGAAGAUAAUAAAAAUGCAGAGACCAAAGAAAAUCAAGAAGUACCCUUGGAAAGAUUAGAUGAUAUCCAUGAUGUGAUGUCCAGGUUGGUAAAGAACGAGAUGCCAUACCUCCUCUGGACUAUCAAGAGGGACGUUGUGGACUAUCACAGCCUGACCUGUGACCAGAUGCUGAACCACUAUGGGAAGACAGCAUCGUUCACCACCAAGAUUGGACUGUGUUUGAACAUGAGGAGCCUGCCUUGGUACGUCCAGGCCAACCCCAACACCUUCUUCCCACGUUGCUAUGGCCUCUGCACAGAGAGCGAGAAGCAGGAAUUCUUGGAUGACUUUCGGCGCACAGUGGCUUCCAGCAUCCUCAAAUGGGUAGUCAGCCACCAGAGUUACUACUGUAAAAUCAAGGGCAAGAGUAAGAAGGAGGAGGCCAAAAACGAAGAGCCCAGCCCCCAAAAAGAUCCUGAUAAUACUGACCUCAAGUUCCAAGGCCUCUCGGGACAGCUUGUGGACACAGCCUGCAAGGUGUGCCAGGCCUACCUGGGCCAGCUGGAGCAUGAGGACAUCGACGCAUCAGAGACCAGCACUGAUGCCUUGUCUGAGGAAGAGUGGAAUGAUCUGACCCAGCAGUACUACUUACUGGUUCAUGGCAAUGCCUUCAUCCCUGAUUCAAGAAGUUACUUUUCACAGUGCCAGACUCUGUUGAGUAAGAUCAGUUCUGUGAACCCUCAGACAGAGAUCGACGGGAUUCGGAACAUCUGGAUCAUAAAGCCUGCAGCAAAGUCCCGAGGUCGAGAUAUUGUGUGCAUGGACCGUGUGGAGAACAUCCUGGAGCUGGUGGCCACAGACAACCAGGCCACAAAGGACAACAAAUGGGUGGUCCAGAAGUACAUCGAGACGCCGAUGCUCAUCUACGACACCAAGUUCGACAUCCGACAGUGGUUCCUCGUCACAGACUGGAAUCCCCUCACCAUCUGGUUCUACAAGGAGAGCUACCUCCGUUUCUCCACACAGCGCUUCUCCCUGGACAAGCUGGACAGUGCCAUCCACCUGUGUAACAACUCCAUUCAGAGGCGCCUCAAGAAUGACAAGGAGCGCAGCCCGCUGCUCCCUGGCCAUAACAUGUGGACCAGCACCCGCUUCCAGGAGUACCUGCAGAAGAGGGGUCGAGGGACAACAUGGGGCACCAUCAUCUAUCCAUCUAUGAAAAAAGCCGUCACCAAUGCCAUGAGGGUGGCUCAGGACCACGUCGAAGCCCGUAAGAACAGCUUCGAGCUCUAUGGGGCCGACUUCAUCCUGGGGCGAGACUUCAAGCCCUGGCUCAUAGAGAUCAACUCCAGCCCCACCAUGCACCCCUCCACUCCCGUCACGGCCCAGCUCUGUGCCCAGGUGCAGGAAGAUACCAUCAAGGUUGUGGUGGACCGCAAACUGGACCGGAACUGUGACAUUGGCAACUUUGAACUUCUGUGGAGGCAGCCUGCCGUGGAGCUGCCACCGUUCAAUGGGUCUGACCUCUGCGUGGAAGGGACCAGUGUGAAGAAACCCAAGAAGCAAAUGCCUCCCAUCACCAACCUCAGCUUCACAGACUCGUUCUUAGAUACCACGCUCAAAGUGCGCAGCCCCCGGGCCCUACUGGAUGCAGCAAUCGGACCCUCCCGAAUGAGCCCUCGGCAGGACUGGAAACGGGAAGAAGCGAAGGGCUUCCGUGGGACCACCAAGCGCCGUGCCUAGUUUGCUGUGGCUUCCGCCCGCCCCGCCCCUGCAAGCUUCUCCCUGCGCCUAGAUAACCAAAAGGCGCCUUCUGCUGCUUGGGGCGGCGGGCGGCCAGGCAGCUGGCGGAGCCCGUGACGAGGACCAGGAUGAGGACCAAGACUGGACCGAGACGCCCCCAGAUCAUGGCUCGUCUCUGCGGGAACCGACACAUAGACGAGGGACCUUGUAUACAGAGCUAUUUUAGAGAAAUUGUGAUUGCCACCAUGGUAUUUCUUGUGGAGCCCCACCCUCUCCUGUACCCACAUCCCAGUCCUCCUGCUCACUCCCUGGGCAGACAUUCAUAAGCCUGUUAACUCUGAUCCCUGCUCUGGCCAUGAAACAGAGGAGAGGCAGCCACCCCUGGCACCAUGACGACCUUUCCUUUCUGAGGGUCGCCCCUUUGCUACUGGGUGUCUCCCACCGGGGAGGGUCCUUUGCAGGACACCCAUUUAUUUACGUAUUCAACGCGUCUAGGGUGUGCUGGUCCCCAUGCUUUGCACUCAAGCAUGGGUGCUAGGCAAGGUGGAUCUCUUAGAUUCUAUGUCAUGGUGCAGUUUUGAAGCCCUCUGGAGCUCAAAGGACCAGGCAGUCUGUGGACACCCAAGCAUGGGAAAAGGCCCAAGUCCUCCCUAGAAUAAGGCUGAUGAGGGGUCCUGACAUGGUGAACAGAACCAGCUAUUGGGGACAUUGGAGGUCUGCUAUUGUAUGAAUAUGUACCCUAAAAGUUUGUGUCCUGGAAACUGUCCCCAGUGUAACCAUCUUGAGAGAGGAGACCUCUGCCAGGGCCCUUGUGAAUAGAUUCAUCCUUUCAUGAAUUAACAGGUUGUCUUGAGGAUGGCUUUGUUUUAAAGGCAAGUUCCCUCAGGUACACUUGCACAGUCUGCAUGUGACACCUUCCACAUGUCCUGACAUCGCACCAAGCCAUCACACACACACCAACACCCAGCAUCAGUUGCAAGCCCCAUACCCUUCAACUUCCUAGCCUCCAGAACCAUGAGUCAAAUAAAACUCUGUUCUUUAUAAAUGUA